CUUGGCAUUCUGUGUGCAUUGGUGUACACCGCGAUUAUCGCUUUGGUGUGUGGCGUUGCUUUUGCCCAAAUAACCGAAGAAUUAAAGGCCACCAGCAAUGAACAAAAACCGGGGCGAAAACUAGUGCGACUGAAUGAGUGUCUCCGUUAUCACCGGACAACGAGCAUCAUUGUUGAAGAAACGGAUGGGUUGAUGGGAAUUUGCGUUCUUAUCUAUUACGUUCAUGACAUCGUGUCACUCGUAUACAACACCGCAAAUUUCUUUGAAGGCGCUGGUUUUGCAAACGCGGGUAGUGUGGUUUUCUUGAAGUCUGCGCAGGUUGCGUUGAGGACAACAUGCUUCGUUUAUCUGAGCGACAAGGUGGAGGAAUUUACAGCGGCUUUUCGUCGGAUUCUUUUAGACAAAGCUUUGCUGGAAAGUCAUCAGUAUCAAGGUCAUCAUCAGCUGGCUCUAAAUAGUAUGCAGAGCAAUCCUCCGGUGAUGAGUUUGGGUUCGUGCGCUCGGCUGAACCGCCAAACUGUUAUAACCCUCAUGGGAUUAUAUUUAACCUAUCUGUUGCUGUCGUAUGAUCGAAGCGAUACUAGAUGUUCAGAAACUUGCAACUGCACGGACAAGAUACUGGAAAUGUUGCAUACCGUGCACACCAACAACAGCUUCGACUCAUAAGUUAUCCAUAAUCCCGCUUGUAACGAUCGUUUUACGUUCAAUAGCGUGUUUUUUAUGUAGCCCACCAAUUAAUCUCCCAGGUAUACUGGUGUUUCCAGGGUGACGCAACCUUUUUUACGUCAUACUUGCUGACGCAACCUUGCUUGCUGGCUACAUUGGUGGCCUCACAUUUUUUCCAGCUUGCACAGCUAAAUUCCUCAUUCAAGUGCUGCAUAACCAACUCGAUUUCUCCAGCAGCAGCGUCGCGACAUUGGUUUUUAUUGCUACAUAUGUAAAUGUGGGAU